AACGUAUCUGUGUGUGUGUGAUGAUGAUCUCCUUGCUGUUUCAGUAGUGUGUGUGUGUGUGUGUGUGUGUGUAAAACAUGGGGGUGUCUCGGGUCAUCGGCGGUUCGGUGCUCGGUACCGGGUUGAUGUUCAGAUUCAGCGCGCGCUUCUGCCGACAAUUAUCUUCUAAUAAUAACAGAAAACCGAGCCGGAGUGGGUCAGGGCUCAGAGACCCCGCGCGCACACACACCCGCUCUACACACACCCGCAGCGGAAGUGUGUGUGUUGACGAGACAGAGGUGCGGGUCCGAUUCGCCCCCAGUCCCACCGGGUUUCUACACCUGGGCGGUUUGCGUACUGCUCUCUAUAACUUCCUGUUUGCAAAGCAGCAUGGUGGGACGUUCAUCCUGCGUCUGGAGGACACGGACCAGUCACGUAUCGUACACGGAGCGGCCCAGGACAUCGAACACACACUCGAGUGGGCGGGUAUCCCCCCUGAUGAGAGUGUAUCUAGAGGAGGUGUGUAUGGUCCGUAUGUCCAGUCUGAGCGCUUGAGUUUAUAUUCUGCUGCUGCAGCAUCUCUCAUAGAAUCAGGCCACGCCUACUACUGCUUCUGCACCAAUCACAGAUUAGAGCUGCUGAAGAAGGAAGCACUGCGCAGAGGACAGACGCACAGAUAUGAUAACAGGUGUAGACACCUCCACUCGGAUCAGGUGCAGGAGAACCUGGCUCAGAACAAGCCCUACGCCAUCCGUUUAGUUCUCCGCGUGGAGGCGGAGCCAUUUGAGGACCUGGUGUUUGGUUGGACGACCCAUGCGGUGGGGGAGGUUGAGGGAGACCCUGUGAUCCUGAAGAACGAUGGAUUCCCCACCUACCACCUGGCCAACGUGGUGGAUGACGCACACAUGCGCGUGAGCCAUGUCCUGCGCGGUGCAGAGUGGCUCACCUCCACCGGCAAACACCUGCAGCUGUACCGGGCCCUGAGGCUGACUCCGCCCACCUACGCUCACCUGCCCCUCCUACUGAACCCCGACGGGACUAAACUGUCCAAACGUCAGGGGGACAUCUACAUCUCCCACUUCAUACAGCAGGGGGCGCUCCCCGAGGCACUGCUCAACCUCAUCACACACUGCGGCUCUGGGUUCAACAGUAACCGGAUUGGACGAAAUUUGAAGGAGCUGAUUGGUGAAUUUAACAUCUCAAAGGUUGUGACCCACUCAGCUGUGCUCGACCUCAAAAAACUCCCAGAAUUCAACAGGGUUCACCUGCAGCAGCGUAUUGAGGAUGAGUCUCAGUGUCACCUCCUGGUGGAUGAAGUGAAGAAUCUCCUUAAUCUAUCUUACACUGAUCAGAUACAGGAACAGAAAGUUCUGGAUCACAGUUACAUCUUCAGAGUCCUGCACAUGAGGAAGGGUCACAUCUCGUCAGUGAAAGACCUGCUCACACCCCUCUACUCAUACCUGUGGCUCCGCCCUUCUGUAUCCCAGCAACAGCUGGAGGAAAUCAGCUGUGAAUCACAUGACAUCAUCACUUGUGUCACGCUGGUCAUUAAAGAAUGGAAAAGUGAAUUCACUCCUGAGGUUCUCACAGGUGAAAUAAAGCUCAUCGCCAAAGAACUAAAGAAAACCAAAUACAGUUCAGUCAUGAAGUUACUGAGACUAGCUCUGACUGGACAACAGCAGGGUCCCAGUGUGGGGGAGAUCAUGCUCUCUCUUGGCCAGGAGGAAGUUUGUUGUCGUCUGCAGAGAAUUUUAGAAUCGUAGCUCUAGAACCCCGACUGAGAACUCUAGAACCCAGACGGAGAUCUGUCGAACACUGAUGAGAACUCCACAAACUCCUGAGCUGCAAUUUUUCGUUUUGUACAAAAUAAAAAUGUUUGUAUAUAAACAGCGUCA